AUUAAACAGCUGUUUCAUUUCUUGACUUCUUGUUGACUGCUGUCGUAAUAUUCUCUUGCUUGUUCUUUUUGUAAAGAUUUAUAUAGUAUUUAUUUACAAUUUGCAAAUUGAAUAAAAAUAUUGCAUCAAAUUAAACAAUUUUGCCAAUUAUGGCAGAAACUAGUUCAGACGAUAGCUCUGCACCUGUAGAAUUUCAAUUGUCAUCAUCUUUAGACGACAACAGUAAAAUAAGUUAUCCAGUGGAGUGUCCACUUUGUAGUAAAUAUAGAAAAUUGUUCUACUGUAAAUUGUGUAUUCGAAAUGGUGACUUCUUCAAUUCAUCUUCAAUACGAGCUGAAAGGUUCUCUGAAAAACGCUCUCGAUUGAAUCGUUUGAAGGAAGAUAGAAAACAGGUGCAAACCCUUUGUGAGGAUAAACUGGUUCACAGACAGAAGAUAUAUAAAGUUGCAGGUGAAAUAGAUAGUCACAAAGAACGUAUUAAGCUUCUCAAGUUACUCAUCCAGGAGAAAGAAAAGAAAGUUAAUGACAGAAAGAAACGUUCGAUGGAGCUGCAUGCGUCGAAUGAGACACUGAGGCAGCGCUUGCCGAAGUACAGAGACCGCGUUAGGAAGCUGGAGGAGUUGGUUCGCGGCUCGUCGAGUGACGCAAUCAGCCAGCGCCGCAAACUGACGCAGCUACAGCUCGACAUCAAGCAGCGCGUGCGCACCAACCUUCAGCAUCUCGUCGAAUACAUUUUCCCCAUUUCGGUCGUCCAACCGCAAAACAGAAGCCAAGAAGACUGUGAUACAGUGAGUGCGCUGGCAGAGGCGUCUCGCACAGCGUACAUGGGUGGCCGUUGGGUGUACACUGACAGUUCAGGUGAAUUGCAGCACUGCAUCGUCGCACCCACGCUGCCUGGUUCCGGCGAUUAUUCCUCUUACAAUAGUUGGGUUGCUGCCAACAAGGACGGUGGAGUCCCAGGCAGUCACAGCGAAAUAGUGAACGACAACCAAGCGUAUAACAUAAGUGCCGCUCUCACCUACACCACUCAGCUCAUAAAUGUACUCGCCUUCUACCUCGACGUCAGAUUGCCUUCUAAAUUGUGCUACAGUGAGUUCUGCGGCUCGGAGGUGAGCGAGCAUAAGUUUGCGCGGCGUGUGGCGCGACUCAACUGGAACGUGCUGCAUCUGUGCUUCUCGCAACGCGUCGACGCGCGCCACCUCCAGCCCACGCACACGCUACACAACCUCCUCCUCCUGCUCGACACCUCCUUCAGCGAUCUCGGCAGGAUGGGAGCGGUGGAGGUGGACUCGGCGAUAGCGUGCUCUCUGGAGGACAAACUGCGUGAGCAGCUGGAGGCCAACACAGAUGACUCGAGCUCCGAGGAGGACAGCGACCACUUGCCCAACGAAUGGGAGGCGGUUCCGCACACAUGUCUGCCGGAGGCGGGCACUGGCGGCGGUGUGGCGGGGGCGGUCGGGGGUGGCAUGGUAGGCCUGGGAGGGCUGUCGUCGCAGCAGCAGUGGGGAGGAGGUGUGGGCGGGGGAGGACAGGCCACCAGUGUGGCAGGCGGACUUGUCAACUCGGCCUCUGCACGCAUCGCUUCCUUCUGGAAGGGCUGGACCCAACACAGAUAACAGGCUCUGUGUCCAUGACUGUGAACAGAUCCUACGGUUUCAACAGAAUCAUAUUUAUCAUUAUUCUCUGCAAAUGAAAUUCUUUCAGAUUGUGUACGAAGCUGAUAUUUUUGAUACAUCAUAAUUUUUUCGGUAUGUUAUAGUUUCCUACUUGUAUUUUAAGACUUUCAUACGGAAAAAUCAAGAAUUUCAUCAAUUGAAUGUAUUUCUGAAAAUGUUAAUUGUUACAAUGGAACUUCUGAUACAUUUUUAUAGGUACUGUAUUUGAUUGUUUGUUGCCAUACUAUACUUCCAGUUAUCUGUAAUUAUUAUAGUUCUUUUACACAUAAUAAUUAUUUUACUCAUGUUUACUGAGUAUACAAAUGAAAUUGUCCCAAGUUCGAGGGGUUUAUUUGUUAACAUAAAUAUCAUGUAUAAUAAAUUAUGCUUGAGUAGUGAGAUGUUGAUUGGAGGAUAUGUAUAACAGAUGUUGGGUGAAUUUUUCAAAUGUAUGACGUAAUUUUUUAUUAUUCAAGUGACCAUAAUUCUCAAAAUACAGUAUGUGAGAAACAAUUGUAAACUUGAAAAUCCAUAGCAAUAAUUCACCUUGAGUGCACAUUUUGUAGUAAAAGAAUUAUAAACCAUUUGUCUCAUUCUA